AUGUCCAACGUUUGGGGCUGGUUCGGCGGGGGCGCCGCGCAGAAAAAGAAGGACACGCCCAAGAAUGCCAUCCUCGGCCUGCGGGCGCAGCUCGACAUGCUGCAAAAGCGGGAGAGCCAUCUCCAGUCGCAAAUCGACCAGCAGGACGCCCUGGCACGGAAGAAUGUGACGUCGAAUAAGAAUGCCGCGAAAGCUGCGCUGCGGCGCAAAAAGGCGCACGAGCACAGCCUGGAGCAGACCCAGGCACAGAUCGGCACCCUCGAGCAGCAGGUCAACGCCAUCGAGUCGGCCAACAUCAACCGCGAGACCCUGGCCGCCAUGGAGCGCGCGGCCACCGCCAUGAAGCAGAUCCACGGCGGCUUGACCCCCGAAAAGGUCGACGAGACCAUGGAGCGCAUCCAGGAGCAGAACCAGCUCAGCGAGGAGAUUGUCAAUGCCAUUACAAGCAACCAGAUCGGCGAGGCCGUGGACGAUGCCGAUCUCGAGGAGGAGCUGGAGCAGCUGCAGCAGGAGCAGCUCGACGAGAAGAUGCUCGACACGAGCGUGCCCGUAUCCGAUGCAGUCCACCGACUGCCGGCCGCCGCCAAUGGCGAGAUCAAAUCAACACCAGUGGCGGAGGAAGACGACGAAGAGGCCGAGCUGCGCAAGCUGCAGGCCGAGAUGGCCAUGUGA